GCGUCCGGGCGCUGUUUGCUCCCAGUUCCCUCCCAGUGCUCCCAGUAAGAGCGGGACUGGCAGGGAAAGCGCUCCGAGUUCCUUCCCGCUGAUCUCAGGAUCGGUCCCGGUGCUCCCAGGAUCGCUCCCAGUGCCGCGCGGGACGGGGUUGUUUCGGAACCCGCCCCCCAGGGCAGAGCGCGGCUGCUUCUGGGUGUCGGCACUGCCCGGGCCGGGCUGGGACGGAGGAGGAGCGGGAGGAAGAGGAGGGAGACCGGAACAAGAGAACGAAGAUGAGCAUCCCCAACACCACGGGACUCCCCCGCCCGCACGCUCCGGCCGCAGCUCCCCCCGCUCCGGCUGCAUCGUCCCCCCGGAACCCGCAGGAUUUCCCAUUCCCAAACCUUGGCCUGAUGCAGGAGGAGGAGGAGGCUGCAAGGAAGAUGUCCCGGGAGCUUAAAGCAGAGCAGGAGCUGAGCAUGGAGAGCAGGGAGGAGAAAUCCCCACAGCAGAACCUCGUGGAAGAGGCUGUUUUGAGCGGCUCCACAGCACAAGAACCCAAUGCGGAGGAAAAGCCCCAGAGACCCCACAUGAGGAGGGGCUGCAAACGCCGAUCAUGGGGAUCUGAGGAGGAAAGACCCACCCUGGACCGGGGAGGCGGCCGGAGCUCAGAGCUGGGAGUCCAUGAGCAGGUUCAGGAUGGGGAGAAGCCCCACAAGUGCUCAGAAUGUGGGAAGAGCUUCAAUUUCAGAUCCAAGCUGAUCCGCCACAUGAGAAUCCACGUUGGGGAAGGGCCCUACAUAUGUGGGGAGUGUGGGAAGAGCUUCAGGAUGAACUCUGAACUGACCAUCCACCAGAGAAAUCACACCGGGGAACAGCUCUACGAGUGUGAUAAAUGCAGGAAGAGGUUUCGGAGCAGUUCCUGUCUCGUCAGGCAUCAGCGGAGUCACACAGAUGAGAGGCCCUUUUGCUGCCCCCAUUGUGCAAAGAGCUUCAAGGACAAGUUUGUCCUCAUCAUCCACCUGCGCACCCACAGCGGGGAGAGGCCCUACGAGUGUGCUGAGUGUGGAAAGAGCUUCGCCCAGCACUCCACCCUGACUGCCCACCUGAGGACCCACACGGGGGAACGGCCCUACGAGUGUGCUGAGUGUGGGAAGGGCUUCAGGACGAACUCUGAACUGACCAUCCACCAGCGAAGCCACACCGGGGAACGGCCCUAUAAGUGUGAGGAGUGUGGGCAGAGCUUCCACAAGAGCUGCCACCUGACCCGGCACAUGCGAAUCCACACAGGGCUGAAACGCCCAUACAAGCAUGGGGAGUGUAAGUGUGAGCAGUGUGGGAAGAGCUUGAGGUCGAGGUCUGAACUGAUUGUCCACCAGCGUAGCCACACCGGGGAGAGGCCCUUCAAGUGUGAGGAGUGUGGGAAGAGCUUCAUGUCAAAGUCCCACCUGGUUGGCCACCAGAAGAUCCACACUGGGGAGAGGCCCUUCGAGUGCGAUAAAUGCAAGAAGACGUUUCCAAUCAGCUCCAGUCUCAUUCUGCACCAGCAGCUUCACACAGAUGAGAGGCCCUUCCGCUGCCCUGACUGCGGGAAGGGCUUCACCCGCAACUGCAAUCUCGUCACCCACCGGCGCAUCCACACCAGGGAGAGGCCCUAAGAGUGUUCUGAGUGUGGGAAGAGCUUCUCAGAGAGGUCUGCCUUGAGCAGACACCAACAGAGCCACCACUAAGGGCAGCCCUGUGAGUGCCCCAAAUGCAGGAACAGCUUCGUUCCCGUGACACCCUUUGUCUUCUGAUUUUGGUCCUUUCCCCCCACUUUGAUAUUUUUCCCUCUGUUUUGGAUCCUUUCCCCCUCUUUUGCGUCCCUUCUCCCUAUUUUGUGUCUUUUCCUCCCUAUUUUGGAUCCUUUCUCUGUCCUUUGGGUCCUUUCGCUGUUUUGGGUCACUUCCCCCCUAUUUAGGGUCUGUUCCCCCCUAUUUUGGAUCCUUUCCCUAUUUUCCAUCCUUCCUCCCAAUUAUGGGCAUCCUCCCCUUUGACUUUGGCAAAUUUUUGGGUGCAUCCCGCCCUCCAACCCUCUCCCUACCCCUUAACCCCUCACCCCCUUCCCCUCAGGUGUGUCCUCAGUUGUGUCCCCAGCCGCCCCUCCACACCACAUGGACUCAGUGCUCACCAUCCUGGAUGCCCUUGAGUCCCCAGCCCAGGACUGUGGAUCUCCUUUUCCAGGAGUUCCAGAGCUGGCCUGGCUUCCAGGGGACACCAGUGACACUGGGGCUCGGGGUUGGUGACCUGGCAGGGUUGCUGGGAUGGGGUUUGGGGUCAUCUUGGCACUGACCGAGGGUCUUGUCCACUCUGCAGUGAGGAGUGGCCCUGGCCGGAGAGUAUGGGAUGGAUGGGGCAGGAGAGGUUGGACCCUGGUCCAGAUGGACACGAGACCAUGGAUCCCACUCUUGAUGGACACUGGUCCAGAUGGACAUGAGACCAUGGAUCCCACUCUGGAUGGACCCUGGUCCAGAUGGACACCAGAGCCAUGGAUCCCACUCUGGAUGGACCCUGGUCCAGAUGGACACCAGAGCCAUGGAUCCCAGCUGGACACUGGUCUGAACAGCCCCUGGCCCUGCAGCCCCCCAGCCUGGCCAUACCCUGGACCACACUACUGUCCCACACCACUGUCCCACCAGCCCAUCCCAGUAGCCCCCAACCCAAAAUCUCCCAAAAUAAACCCAAUUCCAGAACAUCAGCUCCACAUGGUCCCUGCAGAGUGAGAGGGAAACUGAGGCGAGGGCUGGGGGAUGACUUUGGGGUGAUUGGAAGGGAUUUGGGACCCACCCUGGAGACCCCAGAAUGAGCACCCACCCCUCAGAUUGUCACCACAGCAUCCAAGUCCCCCCAGCUGUUACAUCAGGGGGACUCGAGGAGCCACUGUGACCCUGCAGUCCCUUUGAGAGGUGACCCAUGGUGUCCCCUCGGUGUCACCGGUGUGUCCCCAGUGGGAGCAGCGGCAUCACUUCCUGGGGCACAGGUAAAGGGGGAGGAGGAGGAGGUGAGGGUGGGGGAGUGCAGGGUCGCACAGCAUCCUUGGGGGGGUGGAAGUGGUGAGGGAGACCCCGAAAUGUGGUCAACCCCCCUCCUGUAGGAUGUGGGUCACCCCUCUCUCUUUGGGGCGCUGGUGGCAAACUGGCGGGUGACGGUGACAAAAAGAGCAAGUGCCACUUCUGGGAUGUACCAGAAAGGGGGUCCUGUGGUGCCACCAAUACCCUCCCUGCAGAGGGGAUGACAAAGGGAGAAUCAGAGGGGUCUCCAGGGUGUGGGGGAGGGAGGGGAAGUGCGACGGGGGCGCAAAAGAAACAACUCCGGUCCCACAUGGGGGUGGCAGUGAUAGUGGAGCCCUGGAAAAAGUUAAAGAUAGAAUCUAAAAUGUUAAGCUUUGUGUUUUUCCAGAUCAACUGCACCUGCAUAAGCAGUAUGAUAAAUGAUAUAAUUGUUAGAUGUGAUGAUUGUUUAGUAAUUAAAUAUAAUUUUUAUAUAACCAUAAGAAAAAUCAUGAGAAACUAUGUUGGAAAUUUAAAGGGGGGCUAUGCUUAGCUGAAAUCUAUGUAUACAAUAGAACGAUAUAAGUUUAAUAAUUAACAUGAAAGUUAUAUAACGAUAGAGUAUAAAAACAUGAUCAUCUCAGAUGUAUGGUCGAAAUCAGAUUUGGGUAAUACCUUGAUUCCCAGAGCUCUUAAAUAAAAAGCACCACAUAUAAUCGCUCCGUGAUUAUGUGGUUUUCCCCCUGUCAGCCUGUCACCGUGUCACCCU